GCCAUGGCAUUCGUGCUGCUGAGCUUGGCCGCGCUCUGCAGGAUCGCCUUGCCGGGAGAGCCGACUAUUCAGUGUGGCUCUGAAACUGGGCCUUCUCCAGAAUGGAUGGUCCAGCAUCCUCUGACCCCAGGAGACUUAAGGGAACUCCGAGUGGAACUUGUUAAAACCAGUGCUACAGCAGAGGACUAUUCAGUUUUGAUGAACAUAAGCUGGGUGCUCCGGGCAGAUGCCAGCAUCCGAGUGUUGAAGGCCACCAGGAUCUGUGUGACAGGCAAAAGCAACUUCCAGUGGUACAGCUGUGUGAGGUGCAAUUACACAGAGGCCUUCCAGUGGCAGACUAGACCCUCUGGUGGCAGAUGGACAUUCUCCUACAUAGGCUUUCCUGUGGCCCUGAGCACAUGCUAUUUCAUCGGGGCCCAUAAUAUCCCCAGUGCAAAUAUGAAUGACGACAGCCCUUCUUUGUCUGUGAACUUCACCUCACCAGGCUGCCUAGACCACAUAAUGAAAUACAAGAAAAAGUGCUGGGGAAGUCUGUGGGAUCCCAACAUUACUGCUUGUAAGAAGAAUGAGAAGAUGGUCGAAGUGAAUUUUACAACCAGCCCCCUUGGAAACAGAUACAUGGUUCUUAUCCAACGUGACACUAUAAUUGGACUUUCUAAUGUGCCAGAGAACAAAUUAAAAAGAAUUUCUGUAGUCAUUCUGGUGACAGGGGAAAGUGAAGGUGCUAUGGUUCAGUUGAUACCUUAUUUCCAUUCGUGUGGCAAUGACUGCAUCCGACGCAAAGGAAUUGUCAUGCUUUGCCCACAGCCAGGUGUCCCGUUUCCUCCAGAUAAAAAUAGAAGCAUGCUGGGAGGCUGGCUAGCUCUCCUAUUACUUCUACUGGUUACAUGGAUGCUGGCAGUUGGGAUCUAUCUAAUAUGGAGACAUGAAAGGAUCAAGAAAGCUUCCUUUCCUACCACCACGCUACUGCCCCUCAUUAAGGUUCUUGUGGUUUACCCACCUGAAGUAUGUUUCCAUCACACAGUUUGCUACUUCACUGAAUUUCUUCAAAACCACUGCAGAAGUGAGGUCAUCCUUGAACAGUGGCAGAAAAAGAAAAUAGCUGAGAUGGGUCCGGUGCAGUGGCUAACCACCAAGAAGAAAGCAGCAGAUAAAGUGAUCUUCCUCCUUUCCAAUGAUGUCAGUACUAAGUGCGAUGGUACCUGCGCCCAGAGCGAGGGCAGCCCCAGUGGGAACUCUCAUGACCUGUUCCCCCUUGCCUUUAACCUUUUCUGCAGUGAUCUAAGUAGCCAGACUCAUCUGCACAAAUACAUAGUGGUCUACUUCAGAGGGGCGGAUCCCAAGGAUGAUUACAGUGCUCUCCGCAUCUGCCCCAAGUACUGCCUCAUGAAGGAAGCCGCUGCUCUCUGCACUGAACUCCACGUCGUGCAGCACAUGUCACCAGGGAAACGGUCACGAGCCUGCCACAGCAGCUGCUACACCUUGUAGCCUACCCAGGAAAAGAGGGAGGAUUCAAAGCCUAACAAUUCCAGGGGAAAAGCCUUUGUGACAAUCCUGAAGUUUACCAUAUAGAAUGCUUCUAGGGACAAUCAUAACUGAACAGAUAUGCCUCAGAAUACUGAUUAAAAAUGUUCUCCCAUAAAACUGUCAUAAACAAGCUGAUGUGAUGGCGCAUGCUGGUAAUGUCAGCACUUGGAAGGCUGUGAGGAGGAUCACCGUGAGUUCAAGGCCAGCAUGGAAUACAUAGCAAGACCCUGUCUCAAACAAACAAAAUAAGUUACAAACAUUACUAUAUAUACAGUACUAUAAUAUUACUAAGCAAUUAAAACUAAAUUUAUAAUUACAAAGCUAAACCAACUUUAUACUUGAAGACAAGAAUAGUAACAACUGUAGAUGAGUCAUUUAGAUAAUGUAACACCAUCUUCCAGCCAGAUGUCUAGCCUUAGUCCAUGCCUUGCACAGUAAAUGAAAAACUAAAAAAGAAGCUGGGUAUAUAGCCUUCAGCAGAGGCCCUGGAUUCAUUCCCUUGUACCACAAAAAGGAUAUGGGUUAGGGAAUAGCAAUGCUGGACCAACAAGAAGGACCUGUGUGUAACCACUGUAUAGUUUUGGUAUUUGCAUAAGAUCUUCCUGCUCCAAAUUAGAUUCAUGUCUUGACUUUUGCACAAGUGACCUUUAAAUGAAACCAUUUAUCUAUUAGAAAUUACUCAGUUCUCAAAUUAUUAC